AUGGAGAUAGACGGUUUCCAGCAGUUAGACCUAGAGAAGAGUGUACCUUCCAAAAAGACUACUCCUAAAAGGAUUAUCCAUUUUGUUGACGGAGACAUCAUGGAAGAAUAUAGCACAGAGGAGGAGGAGGAAGAGGAAAAAGAGGAACAGAGCACAAAUUCACCACUUGACCCUUCUAAACUUUCCUGGGGACCCUACCUGCGAUUUUGGGCAGGACGGAUAGCAAGCACCUCAUUUUCUACAUGUGAAUUCCUUGGUGGAAGAUUUGCUGUCUUCUUCGGUCUUACUCAACCCAAAUAUCAGUAUGUGUUAAACGAGUACUAUAGGAUACAAAACAAGAAAAGUGACAACGAAAGUGAAGGGAAUGGAUCAAAGACCCAGACAGCUGAGGUUCCUAAUGAAAAGUGUCACUUGGAGGCUGGGGACCGAGAGUAUGGAACCAUACAACAGGACACAGCAGAAGCCAUUUCUCAGCGAAGCACCUCAUCCAGGGAAGGUCUGGUGGCAGAUCCUAGCUCAUGA